GCGUACUACGUUUUGGUGCUGGUUGCACCUGCGGAAGAUGUUAGAUGAUUGUUUCAUAAAUAGUCAUUUUCUGGGUGUAAAAGGAAUUUGAUUGUUCCUAUAAAUAUGUCAGAUAGUACGUCGAGGCCUGCUAGUGUGUCAGAAUCUACUACAGAGAAACGACUGGCAAAGAAAACCCCUAAUGACUUCAUUUUCGGGAAAGUUAUUGGCGAGGGGUCGUAUUCAACGGUUUACCUUGCCAAGGAAGUUGGUACCAACAGAGAAGUUGCAAUCAAGGUCCUGGAGAAGAAGCAUAUAAUGAGAGAGAAGAAGAACGAGUAUGUGAUGAGAGAGAAGGAAGUGUUGACCAAACUCAACCAUCCUUUCUUCAUUCAACUCUACUGCACGUUUCAAGAUGUCGACAGACUCUAUUUUGUUCUUAGUUACGCACGACAAGGGGAACUGUUAUAUUAUCUACACAAGUUGGCGUCAUUUGACAUGGAGUGCACCAGGUUCUAUUGCUCCGAGAUUAUCGUCGCUCUUGAAUACUUGCACAGUCUCGGCAUCAUUCACAGGGACUUGAAACCAGAAAACAUCUUGUUGAAUGAUGAAAUGCACAUUCAGAUAACAGACUUCGGAUCAGCCAAGAUUUUAAAAAGUGACUCAGAAAGAACGACGUCAAACUCUGGAAGACGCAAUUCGUUUGUAGGAACAGCUCAGUAUGUCUCACCUGAAAUCCUUACGAGUAAAACUGCCUGUUACAGCUCUGACCUGUGGGCUCUAGGCUGUAUUAUUUAUCAGUUUCUAUCCGGUCUCCCGCCAUUUAGAGGAUUGCAUGAAUAUCAAACAUUUCAGAGAAUUGUCAAGUUGGACUAUGAGUUUCCAGAAGGUUUUAAUGCCACAGCAAAAGAUCUUGUAGAGAAGCUUCUUGUGAUAGACCCGACAAAACGAUUAGGAAGCCAAGAGAUGGGCGGAUAUGCAGAACUUAAAAAACACGAGUUUUUCAAGGAAACGGAUUGGGAGAACCUCACAAAAACAAAAGCUCCACCCCUUGUUCCGUACCUCCCUGGCACAAGUCACAACCCUGAAAUGUGGAGUGGUCAUGAUUCAAGGCCUGGCUUUGAUGACAAGAGACUUGUGGAAAUUAUUUCUGAUGGAUUUUUGUCAGAAGAUGAGAGGGUAAAACAGUUGCAAGACCAGGCAAAAACCAACGACUAUCACCGUUUUGUCGAGAGCAACCUCGUGUUGAAGCAGGGUCUCAUAGACAAGAGGAAGGGACUGUUCUCUCGCCGCAGGAUGUUUCUGCUAACCGAAGGUCCCCACCUAUAUUAUGUCGACCCUGUGAAGAAGGUUCUUAAAGGGGAAAUACCAUGGUCUAAAGAUCUUAGACCAGAGGCAAAGAACUUUAAGAUUUUCUUCAUUCACACGCCAAAUCGUACAUACUAUCUAGAGGAUCCUGAGUCACGGUCUGAAGAAUGGGUUCGCAAAAUAAAUGAAGUCUGGAAACACUAUUACGGAAACCAGUGAUGAUUGGAUUGGUGCAGGUAGAAAGAAGCAUUUAUUUCAUUGGCAGUUUGUGAGAAAAGAAGCAGCAAUUUCAUUGGCUAUGCAGGAAAAAAGAACCAGGGAUUUGAUUGGCUGUGUAUGAAGAACAAAGCAGAGACUUUUUUCUUCUCUUCUCCUCCUUCCCCCCCCCCCCCCCCCCCCCCCCUUCAAAUGUGGAUGAGUUAAUUAGUGAUUUGUGUAAUAUUUUUGUUGGAUGUGUGAAAAUACAGACUGACUGCAAGGGACAUGUUUAAUGUUUUAGUGAACGAAGCUGUUUGUUAAUGUGUGAAUAUUGCAUAACUCUUUGAAGUAUCCAUCUGCUACUGUAACCGUGAGUAAUUGUUCUGUAUUUCUUAGACUGUCAUGUAUGGCUGUGUGCAUCCUAGAUAAUUAUACAGUCAUUGGAAUCAUCAUCAGUUUGUAUGUUUUUAAACCAUGAUUAGUAUAUUCAGAAAUAUAAAAUAUAAAUGGGAGCUUCUAUCCUAUAUAAAAACAAAUAAAAAUACUAAAUUUAUAUGGAUGUGUUCUAUUGGUUUUUGUAAAUUCAUAGUUUAUGAGGGCAUGUUGUUGUGUUUUUUUUUGUGUUUUUUUCUCCAGACAAGCAAUGUAAAAAAUACAAGGUGCGUGUAUAUAAGAAGAUUUUAUUCCUGUUUCUGUGAUGUCUUGGCUUCUCCACAAACACAGUGUGAUGUACAUAUUGCUCGUUACAGUAAACUGGACAACAAAAGAAACACACAUUUUAAUUUAACUUUCUUUAAUUUAUUUUAAAAUAAUAAAUUUGAAUCCGAUUUGUUUUGUUUGUGUUAAUAUCCUCAUUGCUAUGUGUUAAUUUUAUCAUUAAUUUUUUUUUAUAUAUAUUAAAACAUUCAUGUUUCGUUUUUUGUUUAGUAUAGUUAUGGAAAUAAUUAACAUAUUUAAUGAUAGGGCUGUUUAUUUGACCACAUUUUGUUCACUGGUGUAUUUCAUGAAGUAUUUAAAGUUAUAUUUAUUAAUAUGUUUUUUGUAAAUGCAAAAAUAAAGGAUAAUAUUAGUGUGUGAUUCAUAUAAUGUUGGAUGGAGUUCAAUAGUUUCAUUGUUUUCCUCAUGUUGUCAUGGCAAUGUAAACAGUGAAAUGUCUGACAUGUUUCUAAUGUUAAAUGUUUGAGGUACAAUGGUGGAACUUCAAAUUUGGACCUUCAGAUUCCAAAUAUUUAACAUGGAGUAUAAGUUUAUAACGCUUUCUCAUAUAUUUUGGAAACUAGGAUUUGUGAUAAAAGUACCGACUGUCUCAGGAUUAUUACGCUGUCAAGUUUGAAUCUGGGAGUCUAGUAUUACAAGACAUCCCAGGAUUUAAGGCCUGCUUUGCAUUAAUGCCAUUUGGCACACAUUUUAUUGUGUGUGUUUCUGCUUACGGAUUACCACAAUACAUUUUAUGUUGUUGGAAUGAAUUUUAAGUUGAAAGUUGAUGCUUUAUGCUGAAAAACUUCAGCAUGGAAAAAUUGCUCAUUGACACUCUUUUUUUUUUCCAGUGCAUGGAAUCAUUGUAUGUAAAUGCACUGCAUUGAUAAACGUGGAUGCGAAGUCACGUCAAUGGAAGGCAGGCCAUACAUCAAAAGUCCCGACAAUCAGUAAUUACACGUUAAAACUAGGGAACUUAGUAUUGCUAGUUUUUUUUAUAACUGGCUUAUUUAAAAAAAAAAAAUCUUCUUUUUAGGGAUCAUUAAACAAAACAAACAAACAAAAAUGUUCUUUUUUUAUGCGAGUGUCACAGGCAUCGCAAAACCAGACCCAGCCUUUGUUUGAAUGUCUUCAUUUGAUUAUGCAUUACUCAAACAUUGGAUAAAAUCUUCCUUUUUUCUUUUCUGUUUUUUUUUUUUGACAUAUCUGUAUGUUUCUUUUAACAUCCUAGGGCAUAAUUGUUGAUGUUUUUAUGCUUGGUUUAGUCACGUAUUAUUCUAGUUCGACUUUCAGCUGGUUUGUAAGACUGAAUGAUUGCAAUAUUUGUUUAUUAUUAUUAUUUAUCAUGUUAACCUAUAUCAUAUUUCUAGUAGAUACUGUCUGUACAAACUCAUUAAAAUGUAACAAAUCAUUAAAAUUGUAACACAUUAAUGUAUUAGCCAAAGAUCAUAGUCUUUAUUAGUAAUUUGUUGGGUUUUUUUAUUGUUACACUUUGGGGAAUUAGUAAAUUCUUACAGUGGUUUUGUAUAUGAAGGAUAAUAAAUUAAUUACCAUUAAUUAUCAAAUUUAUGUCCUGUGUGAUAUAAAUUUCUCUUGUCAUGAGCUUUAGUGAGUGACAAAUGAAAAUUAUUUCACAAGGGACAUAAAUAUGAUAAUACAUGACAAUACAUGCAAUUGGUGCCAAGUUUGUGAUUCUAUUUAUUACCGUAACAAUUGUUCCCUUGAAAAAGCUGUUUAUUUGUCAUAUCCAUACAUAUACAUGUAAAUAGCAACAUACUGUUUUGAGCAUUACUUAUUUUAUUCAGUAACAGACAAUUCCGAAAAAUGUAAAGUUCUCUUUAAAACAAAAUCUGUAAUGAAUUGUAUUUAACAAUGGAAACAUGCAUAAAUUCCCGUCAGUGUGACAUCAUUUCAUGCAUUAGCCAACUCGUGGUGAGUCAUACAUGGUCAUUGGUUUGUAAGUGCCAAAUCGUCCAAUAAUAUUGUACAUUACACCGAUUGAGAAAUUAUGACUUGUAUUUUCCCGGUUUAAAUAAUGUAGUGAUAUAUUAUGCAAUGGAAAUUGACAAUAUGUCGUAUUUGAAACCAAUGACUUGUAAUCUAACACGAGCUGCAGUAUCACUUGUUAGGAUAUGUACAGAUAAUAAAAUGUGCACUUGUGUCCACAUCACGUUUAAUUGUAACAACGUGGAUGUAAAAUAAGUCCUUUAAUAAAACCUUAGAAAAAACCCACUUUAAUUUUGUUUUAAUUAUUAACCUGUUAUAAAAGUCCAACAUCACUUGAUUUUUUUAAAUAAUUUCAACUUCAGUUUUUCUUGUAAUGUAUAGAGAUCAAGUAUUGUAGUUAACUGCAGCAAAUGAAACUGUUACGGAUGUUGAAAGACUUGGGCGUUUGUUGUGUUAUUACUGGUAGAUCUGUGUAUUUGUGUACACGAUGGUCACUGAUUGCAAUUCACAUACCUCCUUCACCAUUAUCACAAUAAUUUGUACAUUUCAUACUGUUGACA